CAUUUAAGCUCAGCCUUCUUUCCUGUAACACAAUCCACUGUGAAUGCAAGUGUCCUUGGGCCCUCUGCAUUGCCCCUGUGGCAAUGUGGGACCCAGGAAAACCAAUAUAAAUGUCCUGGUGAUCAUGCUGCUUUGCUGUGCUGUAAGUAACGUAAGUCUUCUGUCUCUAACCCAGGAAUCUCAUGUCUUCUGCCGGCAUCCAUGAAACAGUAAGAGAUUAAUUUAUUAGUUUGUAUGUAAACUAAAAUCAAAUUACAAAUCCGAUCAUCGUAUGUUGAACAUUAGAGAGAGCUUUGGGUCUCUUAAAAGGAAUUUGUUCAAGGGUUUUCUGAGUAGGGUGUUAGGAAGGGAGCAAAGGCUAGAGGCAGUAGUAGUAUUUAGGAUCAGGAGAUUGCACAGUAAAUGAAAGUAUUUGAGGGGGUGUUUCAUGUCAUAGGUAGUUAUACAAAUACACAUAUACCUGUUAUGGGGACAGUAACCCAAAUUGGUUUGGAUAAGAAAGGAUAGUGUUUCUUUUCUAAUAACUCUGUUAACCUUGCCUUUAGGUGAGUAUCAGUUGUUCUGAGGAGUAAUAGUGGCACAGCAUAUCCCCGUAAUCUGUACAAAUGGCCCAAGCAGUCAGAUGGCAUACUUUACUGCUAAGGUGGAUGAGGCUUGUUUCAUUUGUGGGGGCAAGGACAUGUGCUACUUAUUAAACUUUUUUUUCCCUUCUCAAUGUAUCUUUAGGCCAAAGUCUCUAACAGUUGCUUUUCCGUAUCACUGAAGGAUGCAAAAAUCUGGGGUAAAGAAUGUUCAAGUGAAAGAAGAAGGAGUUAGUAGGACAGGGAUGUAGAAGGCAGCUGGUGAGAGAGAUGGUCCAAGGUAAAGGAUUGUGCAGGUGUCAUAUAUGUUAUUGUCCUCAUCCAGCUGUUUUCCCACCCCUGGAUUUGUUGGAUAACUCCUUGAACAGUGAAGGUAGAAACACAUUCCACAGCCAUGUGAAUUCCAACUUCUGAGAAAGCUGAGCUACAGAACAGUUCUAAUAUAAACUGAUGUAAUGAGAUUCUAGAGUCAGCUGUCAUCACAUUCUGUGUUGUUACCAUGUUAACUCCAUAUGCAGCUUGAGUAUUCAGUCUUCUGACCUGUUCCACCUACACAGGGCAUUUUAUGGCUUAAAGAUGAUGGCCUAGAAGGGAGGGGAGAGACUUACUUUGGAUUAAAUUCAAAAUGGGAAAAUGCUUAAGCUGCUGUAAAGAGGACCAGAGCUUCCAGCGAUGUUCUCCAGAAGAUCAAGUUACUACAGACGCCCAGCAUCGUGGAGCCUCUUCUAUUUCACAACCAAAUAUAUCUCUUGGUCAUAAAACAUCUUAUUCCCCUAUAACACGUAAAGUCAAUUCAGCCAAAGCAAGUAGAAGGUUAUUAUCUCUAUCAAGUCCAUCUUUCUCUGAAAGAAGAUGUUCUCUAUUUGUUGGAUUUCAAAACAGAAAUGCUUCCUCAUACCGUCAACAAAGUAGAGCUAACUUUGAUUCUGAAGAAGACACAAGCUUCACUGAUUUAAAAUCUUCCUCAGACCGUUUUGGUAGCUUUAUGUCCUGCAGGAGACGUUUCUCAUCCCGUAAACUAAGUAUAGUUUCCUAUUACAAGAGUGCCAAUUUUUUUGAUCCUCAAGCAAGUGGCCAGAAUGUGUUUAAUCUAAAAGAAAUCGAAAUCUUUUCUAAAACCUCAAAUAAUACUGAUGCUAAAAAACAUAUAACCAUCUCUGCUCCUGAAUAUAACACUAAAAAUUUUAAGAAUUUUGAAACAAACACUACUUCUCCAGCCUUUGGGAACACUAUUGAUACAGCCUCCUAUCAACAAAGCACAUCAUCCUUCUUUUCUCUUGCAAAUGAUGUUUCCUCUCCCGAUCAACAAAAUGGAAUUGCCACUGAUAUUCAACAAAGGGGCCAAUUAUGUAAAGAUUUAAAAGAUUUCCUUCAUCCUGGUACUGAAAGUUACAGCACAGAUCGUUCUGCAAUCACGAUUCAACAGCAUCCCUCUCAAAGUGGAACUUUCCCAUUCCUCCAUAAAGCUGGAUUUUCUUCAUCUUAUAAAAAUUCUGGUUGCUUUAUCCCAUUUCAAAACGAAGUAACUUCAGGCCCAUCUGAAGAUGAAGACUUUGCUGUCUUGUUUCAAGAUGAAGACAGAUCUUCGCCUAUUGAAAUUCCUAAAAUAAGGUAUAUUACAGCUAAUACUGACACAGAAGAACAGAGUUUCCCAGUCCCUAAGGCAUUUAACACACAUGUAGAGGAAUUAAAUUUAGAUGUCCUUCUUCAGAAGGUAGAUCAUUUACGUAUGAGCGAGUCUGGCAAGUCGGAGAGUUUUGAACUACUUUGUGACCACAAAGAAAAGUUUAGAGAUGAAAUAGAGUUUAUGUGGCGAUUUGCUCGUGCUUAUGGAGACAUGUAUGAACUAUCUACAAACACACAAGAAAAGAAACAUUAUGCUAAUAUUGGAAGAACUUUAAGUGAAAGGGCUAUUAAUAGAGCACCCAUGAAUGGACAUUGUCAUCUGUGGUAUGCAGUUUUGUGUGGCUAUGUAUCUGAGUUUGAGGGUUUACAAAACAAAAUCAACUAUGGACACCUCUUCAAGGAACAUCUAGAUAUAGCAAUCAAACUUUUACCAGAGGAACCCUUUCUAUAUUACCUCAAAGGAAGAUACUGUUAUACUGUCUCAAAACUGAGCUGGAUUGAGAAAAAAAUGGCUGCUACUCUGUUUGGAAAGAUACCAUCUUCAACUGUGCAAGAAGCUUUACACAAUUUCCUUAAGGCUGAAGAACUAUGCCCUGGUUAUUCUAAUCCCAAUUACAUGUACUUAGCAAAGUGUUAUGCUGAUCUUGAGGAAAACCAGAAUGCUUUGAAGUUCUGUAAUUUGGCAUUAUUGCUUCCUACUGUUACCAAAGAGGAUAAAGAGGCACAGAAAGAGAUGCAAAAAAUAAUGACUUCCUUGAAGAGGUAAAUAACCGAAUUUACUCUUCAACAAAUCAGACGUGAUCUACCAAAAUUUAAACGAAUCAAAGUUUUAUUAUCCUUUUCUUCAUUUUUGAUGUAAGGGUAUUGUGCUUAGAUUUGAAGGUAAAGCCAUGUUUCUGCAGAAUGCAUUCCACUAGUAGCACUACAAAAUUAUGUUAUUUGGAGAAUCUAUAUACUAUAAUGUCAAUACAUAAUCUAUAAACAUGUAUGCUUUGUAUUUUUCUUAUCAAUAAACUGCAGCCUUCAGAAUAUUUCUUUAAAUAUUUAAAUCCAAUAAAAUGAAUUUUCAUGAGUAUUUUAUUGUUUCAAUGGAGACUUCAUAAAACAAAAUAAUUUCAUUAAUGUGGAUGAAAAAUGGAAAACUGAGCAAAGGACAUGAACAAGUUGUUGGCAGAAGAGAAAAAAACAAACAGAUGUAGUAUUGUAACUGGUGAUCAAAAGAUGUGAAUAAAAUUACAAUAAAAUACUCUUUUACCAUCAAA